UUUCUUAACGCAGUCGUCUUCACUCUCUCAGUCAGUGCCACGCAGGUCACCACGCACACGUAACUCUGCUGUCCUACAGGCUCGUGGGGAUAAAACCUCGCAGCUCCAUUGAACUGAGCUUGGAGGCUGCGUGCGCCUCCGUGCUCCGCGUGCGGUUGUGUGGGAAGGUGGAGGUGCAGCGCGCGCGGAGGAGGAGGCGCUGAUUCAGGCGCUUCAACUCCAGGGGGAAGAAAGUUGCUCUGUCCACGCGAAGUUGCGGCUGAAAUGAGCGGGCGCGACGAAGACGCGGCGUGUUUGCGGGGAUCAGUCGUGGAGCCCGCGGGACCCUCUCUGGCGGACUGAAGGUGGAGCGGGGUUCCUCAGCAGUGCUGGGAAGAUGCCGCGGCGCUGGCCAUGCUGAGCACUUUUGGCUCAACUGGUACCCAAGCGGCGCUUUGUGGGACCUCGCCUGGGAGCUUUCUAGGAACUUUUUCUUCGUGCGCGAUGGACUGCAGGACUCUCCUGUCGCUUUCCCUCGCGGUGAGCUGACUUGGUCAUGACAAAAGUGCCUCUGACAAACCAGUUUGGCGUCUUCUUUUGAUUGAAAUAUUGAUGUUUAGUCCGAGCUUCGCCGAACUGAAGGGCGUCUGUGAUGCUUAAAGUACUUUGAUGCGCCCCAAAGUUGUGCGAGGAGAUAUUUAGCCCUAUUCCCAGAUUCCUGGGACGCUUUUGCCCUCAUCGAGUUAAUCUGAGCGCCGCGGGCUCGUAUGGGAUUGAGGCACUCAUCCCGCUGCCUGCUCCUGCGGAGGAAGAUGGCGGAGGCUGAGGGAUCGGAGCAGCAGAAGCAGCAGCUUCAGCAGCAACAGCAGCAGCGCACAGUCAGUAAUCCCGCCCCCUCGUCCCAGUCCCUGCAGUCAUCCACCAUGCCCAAGCCUGUGCCCUCGGUCCAUCAUGUCCCUCGCCCCCCUCACACGCCACACGUCUCGGCACUGUCUGCCUGUCCCGGACGGGGCAAGAUGGCCAAGCUCCUCAACCCAGAGGAGAUGACAUCACGGGACUACUACUUCGACUCCUACGCCCACUUUGGCAUUCAUGAGGAGAUGCUGAAGGACGAGGUGAGAACGCUGACUUACAGGAACUCCAUGUACCACAAUAAACAUAUAUUUAAGGACAAGAUUGUUCUGGAUGUGGGCAGCGGGACAGGAAUCCUCUCCAUGUUUGCUGCCAAGGCAGGAGCCAAGCAUGUGUACGGGAUUGAAUGCUCAAGUAUAUCAGAGUAUUCUGAGAAAAUCAUCAAAUCAAAUCAUCUGGACAACGUUAUUACCAUCUUUAAGGGGAAAGUGGAGGAGACAGAAUUGCCUGUGGAUCAGGUGGACAUUAUCGUCUCUGAAUGGAUGGGCUACUGUCUUUUUUAUGAGUCCAUGCUGAAAACCGUCAUCUAUGCCAGGGACAAGUGGCUGAAGCCCGGAGGCUUUAUGUUCCCAGACAGAGCAACACUGUACGUGGUGGCCAUCGAGGACAGACAAUACAAAGAUUUUAAAAUCCAUUGGUGGGAGAACGUCUACGGUUUCGACAUGACCUGCAUACGGAACGUUGCUCUGAUGGAACCACUGGUUGAUAUUGUGGAUCCCAAACAAGUGGUGACCAACUCCUGCCUUAUUAAGGAGGUGGACAUUUAUACAGUGAAACUAGAGGACCUGACCUUCACCUCAGCUUUUUGCCUGCAGAUCCAGAGGAAUGACUACAUUCAUGCCCUUGUCACCUACUUCAACAUAGAGUUCACCAAGUGUCACAAGAAAACGGGCUUCUCCACAGCCCCUGAUGCUCCCAGUACUCACUGGAAGCAGACAGUAUUUUACCUGGAGGACUACCUAACCGUACGGAGAGGAGAGGAAAUCCUAGGCAGCAUCGCUGUGAAGCCCAAUGAAAACAAUGAGCGUGACUUGGACUUCACCUUUGAGUUGGAUUUCAAAGGGCAGCUUUGUGAUGCAGCCAUUUCCCAUGACUACAAGAUGCGGUAGGGCUCCACCAGGGGGCAACAUUUCCCCCAAAACUGAGCUGAGCAGAGAAAGCGAGAGGAGGCUAAAUCACUUGCUGCUACAUGUUCUGACCAAACAGGAGAGACUAAGAGGACAACUCAAGUGCAACGUGAUGUCAUCAUCAGUGCAAAACCAGCGCAAAGAGCAAUAGUGUCAUCAGUCCUCCAACUCUGCAAAACACAAGGCUGUAAGAGAGCAUCACUGAAUGUAACUGUCAAAGAGCUUGAGAAUGUCUUAGUUGUGCUUUAUUUUAACCAUAAGAAAAGAAAGCAUGGCAGAAAGUACACCGUUGAACAGUAAUAUAUAAGGCAAAGUGACACAAAAAGAGGUGACAUAGUUCCUUAAAUAAAACACUUAAUGUGCACAUUUUAGGCUCUACAGGAUGAUUAUUUUAACCGCAUGGAGAAAGAUAAGUAUUUAAGAGCAAGACAUUUUAUUACUUAUUUUCAAAUAAUUUAACUUAUUCCUCAUGAGCAAAUGUAUGUAACUGUUAAUUUUGUUAUCUGCUUGGUGUUUGAAUGGUUUAAUAUUGUGGCUAGCAUGUUUUCUGACUCGUUGCUUUUAAUGAGUUAAGAUGUUCUUUUUCAAGAAUCACAGUACUGGUUCUGUUUUUUUUUGUUUUUUUAAGGUCAAUGUUUAAUAUUUUUGGCACAUAAUUUUAACAUUUUAAGCAAACAUUUGUUAAGUUUCUUGGAAAUCUGGGGUAAGAACAGGCAAAUAAAUCAGAGAUGAGUAAA